AUGGUCAGCCGUCCUCACGUUGACAAUGUACUCUACAGAGUGGAGCAUCCUGCUGGAGGCUACAAGAAGAUCUUUGAGACUUGUGAGGAGCUGGCUGAGCCCAUUCCUGCCCAGGUUACAGGUCGAAUACCUUCUUGGCUGAAGGGGAGUCUUCUCCGCCUUGGGCCUGGGUUGUUUGAGGUUGGAUCAGAGCCAUUCUAUCACCUUUUCGAUGGACAGGCCCUCAUGCACAAAUUUGAUUUCAAGAAUGGCCAAGUCACCUACUACCGCAAAUUCAUAAAAACAGAUGCCUACGUGCGAGCCAUGACAGAGAAGCGUAUUGUUAUAACAGAGUUUGGGACUUUUGCUUAUCCUGAUCCCUGCAAAAACAUCUUCUCCAGGUUUUUCUCCUACUUCAAAGGUGUGGAAGUAACCGAUAACUGCCUGGUGAAUGUGUACCCCAUUGGUGAGGAUUUCUAUGCCUGCACAGAAACCAACUACAUCACUAAAGUCAAUACAGAAACACUGGAGACUCUGAAAAAGGUGGACCUGUGUAACUAUGUCUCCAUCAAUGGAGUAACAGCUCACCCUCAGAUUGAUGCAGACGGCACAGUGUACAACAUUGGAAACUGCAUGGGGAAGGGUGCGUCGCUAGCCUAUAACAUCAUAAGCAUACCUCCAGCCCAAAAAGACAAAUCAGACCCCAUUGAGAAGUCCAAAGUUGUGGUCCAGUUCCCCAGUAGCGAGAGGUUCAAACCAUCCUAUGUACACAGCUUUGGAAUGACACCCAACUACUUUGUGUUUGUGGAGACUCCGGUGAAGAUCAAUCUCUUGAAGUUCUUGGGUGCAUGGAGUAUAAGAGGCUCCAACUACAUGGACUGCUUUGAAUCCAAUGAAACCAUGGGUACCUGGUUUCAUCUGGCCAGCAGGAAUCCAGCUGGAUAUAUUGAUUACAAAUUCAGGGGUUCUGCAAUUAAUGUUUUCCACCAUAUCAACUGCUAUGAAGACCAAGGUUUUGUAGUGGUUGACCUGUGUACCUGGAAAGGAUUUGAGUUUGUGUACAACUACUUGUACCUGGCAAAUCUGCGGGAGAACUGGGAAGAGGUGAAGAAGGCCGCUAUGAUGGCCCCUCAGCCAGAAGUGCGCCGUUAUGUCUUUCCCCUUGAUAUCGAGAAGGAAGAGCAGGGGAAGAACCUGAUAUCCCUGCCAUAUACCACGGCCACUGCUGUGAUGCGCUAUGACGGGACCAUCUGGCUGGAACCAGAGGUUCUCUUCUCUGGACCGCGCCAAGCCUUUGAGUUCCCUCAGAUCAACUACAAGAGGUUCGGUGGAAAGAACUACAGUUACGCGUAUGGACUUGGUCUGAAUCACUUCAUUCCUGACAGGAUCUGCAAGCUUAAUGUGCGAACCAAGGAGACUUGGGUCUGGCAGGAGCCAGAUUCGUACCCCUCAGAGCCACUGUUUGUUCAGAGUCCCGACGGCGUGGAUGAGGAUGAUGGGGUACUGCUCACAAUCGUGGUGAACCCAGGGGCUGCCCAGAGGCCGGGGUACCUUCUUAUCCUGAAUGCCAAGGAUCUGACAGAGAUUGCCCGUGCAGAAGUCGAGGUCAUGAUCCCAGUGACCUUCCAUGGAAUGUACAAGCCUUAG